AUGGCUGCAGCUUCACCCUACGCCAUCGCCCACUAUCAUGCUCUGCGAAAGGCAAAGUUCCUCUCGCGACAUGUGCUGCAGGGCAUCAAUGAUGCCGAAAAAGCCAUUGUAGCCGAUGCCGACAAAGGCAGAGCGGCUGAGGCGUCGGAACGCGAGGUGCAAGCUGCAGCACUGAAAGUAAGAGCUGACACAUGCAUGGAAGUCGUCAAGAUGUGUGAGAAGUGCAACGUCCAGGUGGAUGAUAUGCUCCGGCAGAUCGGCCAGUGUCUUCGACGACUGCAGCAUGCCAGAUAUGCUCAGUUUGCAGAUCUCAAGGUCUGCCACCAGCGUCUAUAUUUGCGAUCAGAUGCUCCUCCCGAGGAGAUGGCAGGUGAUGCUGCGCAGAAGGCUUUGGAAGAUCAGCGUGUGUGCAUCAGUGAGGCGAGGAACGAGCUCCUAAACCUGGAGGGCGAAUGCCGACGAGCCUUAGAGAUGAUUGGACAGCUGAGACUCGAGCUCUCCAAGGAGGGUGCUUCUCAGCGACAUGCUUCAGAGCGCUGUCGUGCAGUAGUGGCUGUUCUUCUGUCAGUCUCUGCGGAGCCUGGUGAAGAUGUCGAUGUUCCAGAGCCGCGGAAUGCGGAGCUGGGGCAGCGUGCGGAAAUGCUACUUGCCGCUGCAGCCGAGCUUGCCACUCGCUGCGGUGUAGCUGUGCAGACCACAGAGGAGCGGUGCCGGCGAGCUAGACAGCGGUCAGAGCUACUUCUUGAGCGAAGGCUCAUGGACACCGAAAAGGCCGCGAAGCAGUUGCGAGAACAAGCUUCGGAGGUGGACAUCACCAUAGCAGUGGCAGAGAGAUCUUUGGCAAGGAGUGCGAAGCGCUGUAUCGGCAAAGAGAAUCUGGCCAAGGUGGCAAGGAUCGAUGACACAAGGAGUGCGUUGGAAAACCUGCGGCAGACACGGCAGGCUCUAAAAAUGCACAUUCAGAACAAGUUUAAGAUGCAGAACAUCGACGCGUCUUGUCGAAAGGUCACCUCCCAGUCGGCCAGCUCCGUGGAGACCCGCCCCGCGUCCGCCUGCCAGCGGUCCAUGUCCGCAGGCGCAGGUCCGAGGAGACCAGUGGAUGAUGGCUUCGAGAAAGGAAGGGGUUUGCCCCGGCUGUCCUCUACAGACUCGGCAUGUGGCCUUGCGACGGAAGCUGACUCCAUGCCGGCUGCCACCAGGCUUAACCGCCCAAAGUCCGCGGCAACCUACAAAGUGAGAGCAGAUCAGUACUGA